CUCUGGCAUGGGUGUUUUUUGGGACUAGGCUAGAUUUUGCCUACGGUCACACUGAUGUUUACCUCGCUAAAAAAAUUGUAAACAAACAUUUCCUCUCAAACAGCAAUGGCCUGCAAAAGAAAGUGGUCAUCCACCGAGGAAGACCAGUUCAUUCAUUUAUGGGCGCACAAUCUUCACCUUUUCAACUCUGGCAAGAAACUUGUUGACAUUUAUGAGACUCUAUCGGGAUAUUUGCUAGCGGAGGGAAUAGAAAUCACUGCCAAAGGGGUUAAAACAAAAAUGGAAUCGUUGAAGCGAAAGUACACGAAUUUGUUUCAUGCAGGCCGAAGCGAUCAAAGCAGCAUCUGGAAGCACUACGACACCAUGUCUAUUUUAAUAGGAGACCAAGGAUUCAGCCAUAUCCAGGAUGAGCAGACCGAUCAGUCUUCGCGAAAGUCGGUUUAUGCUGACGACCGAACACAACUCGAUAAACAGCUUGAUAAGACAUACAAUUCUGUUUUUUUGGAUGAAUGCUGUAAGGAGUUUUUCAACGAUGAAGAGUGCAACCGUGUGAAUAACACGCCCGCUGCAAAAAAAAGGAAGCAAAGAUUUUCCAAGAAUACUACUCCCAUCAAACCCAGGAGACUCUGGACACUGGAUCAGGAAAAUAUAUUCCUAGAUGUUUGGCAAAAAUAUGCCGUGGAUAUUUUGGGAGAGAGGAAAAAUCAAGAUGUUUAUGUAGAUAUGCAACAUGAACUGGAAUCAUUUGGCCUCUUUUUGAAACCAAGCGAUAUUAAAGCUAAAAUAGAAUCGUUUAAGCGUACAUUUAGAGCCCAGAAAGAUGCUGCUGGUGAUCAAGUCGAAUGGGUUCACUACAGGAAAGUCCGGAAUGCCCUUAAUCCUUUGAAAAACAAAAUAUCGGAUGUUGGUGAAAGCAGCAGCUCUGAUGAUGAUAAGUCUUGGCUUAAGGAGACUCCGACUCAGAAUAUUUCAAUGACUUCGUCUGACGAUAUCGAGCAAUAUUCUCAGUCAGAAGAAAGUCCCACAGCAAAUUCCUGUGAUAUACCAGACUUAAGCAACAUUAAGAGCGACAGUGAAACAAUGGCCUUGGAUGUCCAGGUGAUGGAAAAACCCUAUGAUAAGCGUAGUUUAGUUGAGGAAUUUAGUCAGUAUGUAACAAAGGAAUUAUCAGUGUUGAAUGAUGAUUUGCUAAUUGAAGCAAAGCGAAAAAUAUACAAUGUUAUAUGUCUGAUGCAAAUGAAGCAAAAUGAAAUGAAUAAAGAAACGUAGUCUACUGA